AUGCCACCAAAUUCAAGAGGAUGGCUUGCACUGUUUCGGAAAUGGAAGUUAGCUUCUUCCAUAGUACUUCCCCGCCGAUAUGCCACCAAGUCCACUGCCCUCCCUGGCUUGAUUAACCCUAGUGGCCCUCCGUUGAAGAUUCGCCUCAGACAGUACCAAGAAGAAUGCAUCCAAGCUGUGCUUUCCCACCUUGAAAAGGGCGAUAAGAGAUUAGGGAUAUCUUUGGCUACUGGAAGUGGGAAAACGACUCUUAAGGUUAUUUUCACCCAGCUCAUAGACCGUGUAAAACCCCAUGCCAAGGGCGCUGACCAGACCCUUAUUCUCGCACAUCGACAAGAACUCGUAGAGCAAGCGGCUCGCCAUUGCACCAAUGCCUAUCCUACGAAAACGGUCGAAAUCGAGAUGUCCUCUAUGCACGCGAGUGGAUCUGCAGAUAUAACUGUGGCUAGCAUCCAGAGUAUUACAUCUGGGGACCGAAUAUCAAAGUUCAACCCAAAUCGAUUCAAGCUUGUUCUCGUUGAUGAAGCACAUCAUAUCGUAGCCCCCGGAUAUAUGAGGACAUUGGAUCAUUUUAAACUUUCGAAGGCACAACCAAGCUCCCCUGCUCUGGUGGGAGUCUCGGCCACUUUAUCGCGAUUUGAUGGACUCAGGCUAGGCGCUGCUAUUGAUCAGAUUGUGUAUCAUAAGGACUACAUCGAUAUGAUAGGGGAGAAGUGGCUUUCGGACGUUAUGUUUACUACAGUUCAGACCAAAGCGGAUGUAUCCAAGGUUAAGAAGGGUGCUAAUGGCGAUUUCAAAGCUGGAGAGCUCUCUGAAGUCGUCAACACGGAUGAGAUCAAUAAGGUCACUGUUCGUAGCUGGCUUGCCAAGACAGAGGGACGAAAAUCGACGUUAGCUUUUUGUGUUGAUCUUGCACAUGUGGAAGGACUAACAAAUACGUUUCGAGAGCAUGGGAUAGAUGCUCGUUUUAUCACUGGUGAUACACCGAAGCCUGAACGGAGCAAUCGUUUGGAUGCCUUCAAAAGAGGGGAGUUCCCGGUCCUUGUAAAUUGCGGCGUCUUUACAGAAGGCACGGAUAUACCAAAUAUCGAUUGUGUAUUGUUAGCCCGUCCAACCAAGUCGAGAAAUCUUCUCGUUCAGAUGAUCGGUCGGGGGAUGAGAUUGCACCCUGGGAAAAAGAACUGUCACGUCAUAGACAUGGUGGCAAGUCUCGCGACCGGAGUUAUCUCAACGCCUACCCUUUUCGGCCUCGACCCAUCCGAAGUUGUGGAAGAUGCGACUGUAGACGAUAUGAAAGCGAUCCAAGCCCGGAAAGAAGCUGAAGAAGCAAGAGGUCACAAUGCCACUGAAGUCUCGACCGCGAAACAAUCGGGGCCAAUCACAAAUACCGUAACCUUCACCGACUAUGAAUCCGUGUUUGAUCUGAUCGAAGAUACAACCGAAGAGCGCCAUAUCAGAUCAAUGUCACCCCACGCAUGGGUCUGCAUUGCCCAAGACCGUUAUAUCUUAACAAACUCAAACGGUUCAUACGUAAAACUAGAACGAAACUUCAAAGAAGAGGCUGGCGACGACCAAUUCCUUGUCACAGAAAUAGCUGCUCUCAGCCCCGCAAUCUCCAAGUCCCCCUUCUCCAAACCACGCAAGAUUGCAAAGGCUCUCACAUUUGAUGACGCGAUCCAUGCUGCGGAUACAUACGCAGCGAAGAAAUACCCCUUUCAAUUCAUAUCUCGAAAUCAAAGGUGGAGGAGCAAACCUGCGACUGAGGGACAACUUUUGUUUCUCAACAAGCUGAGACUAAAGGAUGAUCAGUUGGGUCCUGAGAGUUUGACGAAAGGAAGAGCCGGCGAUAUGAUCACGAAGCUUAAGCAUGGUGCUCGUGGUAGGUUUGCAAGCUUGGAGGCAGAUAGGAGGAGGCAGGGGAAGGCAAGGUUGAAGGUGGAACAGGAGCGGGGAUUGAGGGAUCGGGAAAAGGUUCGCGUUGGACCUCUUUUGGAUUGA